AUGUCUUAUGAAUCCUUUACGCUCAAGGACAACGGGGAAUGCCUAAAGCGCAACUACGACUGCGACGAGCUAGAUUUCAAUGACGAUGAUGACAUUGUGAACAUGACAAGUUUCGAGAAAAAUACGUAUAACUACAAUUUGAAGAACAAGAUAAUUAAUCGUUAUAAGAAGGAAAAGGAUGAGCUGGAUACCCUUUCGAGAAUGGAAAACUCGGUAAAUAAUUCCACUUUUACAAAUAGGGAAAGAUAUUUUUUGAAUGACGACAACACGGAAUUGAAGGCCAGGAUACGUAACUCGCUGUGUAACAGCAACAACAACUCGAGCGGUCAGAGCAACCACGAUAAUUACAACCUGACUUACAACAUGGACCCAGCGAAGAGGGAGUCCAACCUUAAAUUGGAAGGAAUACUGCACGAAAAUGAUUACCUAAUUCAACUAAGCAAAUUAAAAAGACAUGUCAUAGUAGAAAUUUUUGGUGGAAAGUGUUUUAUAAGGGAAUAUUUAUGCACUGAAUUUUUGAAAAGAGUGAAACAAUGUUGCCACAUAAAUUAUAUAAAACAGAAGAGUGGCUUAAUAAACUAUCGAGAUUGUAAGCAACUUCUUGCAGAAAAUAAUAAUAUAGCCAGCAUAGAAGCCCGGUUAAAUGCCAUUCUUGUAUCCCUUCCUCCGUUAACAUGCAUCAUCUUACACUCUAGUGUGUUCCUAGUAAUAAAAGAGGAUUUAAUUCGCGAUGAUCUAAUUAGGAAACUAUGUAAUGUCUCCAAAAAAUAUACCAAUUUGUACAAAGCUAACGCCAAGAUUAUGGAGAAAAGACCCUUUGAAUUUAGUGCCUUAGAAUGUGUUUUCGCAAGUACCAUUGAGCAUUUAAAUGCAGAAAUGAAACUCUUAAGUAAAGAUUUUGCAGAUAUUAAAUUUACUUUAAAAGUUACGAAUUAUCAGGAUGUGUUGACGAAUUUACACAACUUAAAAGAACCAACCAAUAUUUUAAUAAAUAAAGUAAAUUCCUUCAUUAAGGCUUUUCAUGAAAUAUCAGAAAAUAAUGGGGACUUGAAAAAAAUGGAAUUAACCAAGUGUUAUUUUAAUCCUAUUAAUGGGGAGGAAGACAACAAGGAGUCAACGAAUCAGGACUUGCAAAUGCUCCUCGAAUAUUUUGACCAAGAACUGCAUCAGAUACAUGAUCAAGCGAAGCAUUUACAUGAGUUAAUGCAGAACUUGGAAAACAAAAUAGUAUCCGAUUUGUCUCUUUCUAGGAACAAUUUGAUACGUAUGGACAUAGUUAUCAGCUUAAUUAAUUCCGGCUUUGGCAUAGGAACACUCAUAACAGGAGUUUUUGGAAUGAACUUGAAAAUAAAGCUGGAGCAACACGAAUUCGCCUUUGUCUAUGUCACGGGGCUCGUCAUUGUUUUAUGUUUGAUAACUGUAGUUAUGUCUGUUUAUUUUUUUAAGUGUAUUCGAAUUUAG